AAAAGUUGACCAAAUCACCAAAAUUCCAAUUAAAAAAAGUGACCAAAUCACGAAAUCACCAAAAUUAAUUCCAAUUAAAAAGACUUGACUUAUAAAAACCAAACAAAAUUCAAUUCAAAACCCCAAUCGGAAUCACACCUGCAAUUCCUACAUUCCGAUCUCUGUUUUCACUUCAAAAUCAGUAACCAAAAUGUGUGGAAUUUUCGCAUACCUCAAUUACGAUGUCAACAGAGACAGACGAUACAUACUUGAAGUUCUCUUCAACGGUUUACGUCGAUUGGAAUACAGAGGUUACGAUUCCGCCGGAAUUUCCAUUGAUUCUUCUUCCGUCGCCGCCGCCGCUCUCCGCCCCUGUCAUUCGCCUCUUGUCUUCCGGCAAGAAGGAAACAUCGAAUCGCUGGUUAAAUCCGUCUAUGAAGAGGUCUCUGCUACAGAUUUGAAUCUAGAUGAAUCUUUUUCUGUUCAUGCUGGAAUUGCACACACCCGGUGGGCAACCCAUGGAGAACCAGCUCCAAGAAAUAGUCAUCCUCAGUCAUCCGGUGCUGAAAAUGAUUUCUUGGUUGUUCACAAUGGAGUUAUCACCAAUUACAAGGUGUUACAACAAUCUCUUAUUCGGCAUGGAUUUACUUUCGAAUCUGAAACCGAUACCGAGGUGAUCCCAAAGCUAGCAAAGUUUGUUUUUGACAAAGCAAUUGAAGGAGGUGAUCAAACCGUCACGUUCAGUGAAGUGGUGCUUGAGGUUAUGAGACAUCUUGAAGGAGCCUAUGCACUUAUUUUCAAAAGCCGACAUUAUCCAAAUGAGUUGAUUGCUUGUAAACGUGGUAGUCCGCUGCUUCUUGGUGUGAAAGAAUAUGCUGAAGAACAGAACAAUGGGACAACCUAUAAUGACAUGAAAUUUAUUUCAAAAAAUGGUCACCCUAAAGAACUUUUUCUAUCUAGCGAUCCACAUGCCCUUGUUGAACACACAAAAAAGGUGUUGGUGAUCGAGGAUAGUGAAGUUGUUGACAUUAAGGACGGAGGAGUGACGAUCCUCAAGUUCGAACACGGGAAAAGGAAAGACGGAAAAUCUGUUUCAAGACCCGCUUCUGUGCAACGCGCAUUAUCCAUUCUUGAAAUGGAGGUUGAACAAAUAAGCAAGGGUAAAUACGAACAUUACAUGCAGAAAGAAAUUCACGAGCAACCAGAAUCCUUAACGACAACAAUGCGUGGGCGGCUUAUACGUGACGGCUCCAGCAAAAGGAAGAGCGUCCUGUUGGGUGGACUCAAGGAUCAUCUGAAAACCAUCAGAAGAAGCAGACGGAUUGUUUUCAUUGGAUGUGGUACUAGCUAUAAUGCCGCUUUAGCUGCCAGACCUAUAUUGGAAGAACUUUGUGGUAUACCUGUUAUGAUGGAGAUUGCAAGUGAUCUGCUGGAUAGGCAAGCGCCUGUAUACAGAGAUGAUACAAUACUAUUCGUAAGUCAAUCUGGUGAAACAGCUGAUACAUUAAACGCCCUUGAAUACGCUCUGGAAAACGGUGCUUUAUGUGUUGGCAUCACAAACACUGUCGGUAGUUCUAUUGCCCGCAAUACGCACUGUGGUGUACAUAUCAAUGCUGGGAGUGAGAUUGGUGUGGCAAGUACCAAGGCGUAUACAAGUCAAAUAGUGGUGAUGGCUAUGGUGGCUCUAGCGAUCGGUGCUGACAGCAUUUCCACUAAACAACGAAGAGAGGGUAUAAUAGACAGUCUUCUAAGCUUGCCAGGCAAAAUCAGGGAAGUACUGAAGCUUGAUGAAGAGAUGAAAGAUCUUGCAAGAUCACUGAUUUCCGAGCAGUCACUUCUUAUGUUUGGAAGAGGAUAUAACUACGCAACCGCUCUCGAGGGUGCCUUGAAGGUCAAGGAAGUGGCACUUAUGCAUAGUGAAGGGAUACUUGCUGGUGAAAUGAAACAUGGUCCUUUAGCUUUAGUUGACGAAAAUCUCCCUAUUGUCGUCAUUGCUACUCGUGAUCAAUGUUUCAGCAAACAGCAGUCGGUUAUUCAGCAACUUAAGGCUCGAAAAGGUCGACUGAUAGUGAUGUGUACUGAAGGAGAUGCAGAAGCUGUGUGCGGUGGAUCCUGUCCAGUAAUUGAGGUUCCUCAUAUUGUUGAUUGCUUACAACCUGUUGUCAACAUAGUUCCAUUGCAGUUAUUGGCUUAUCAUUUAACCGUUUUACGGGGAUACAAUGUCGACCAGCCAAGGAAUCUUGCAAAGAGCGUGACAACCGAAUGAGAAGAGUGUUUUGUUAACUGCAGUCUCAUAUGUCAACAAUAACCAUUUUUUUGUUGCUUGGUAUAUAGAGCGAUUGAACCGAAUGUAGGUGACAAUGCAUUUGAUUGUGUGAGGGAUUAGGUUGUAACAGCGGUUUGACAUAGAUGAAGAUGAAGAUGUAGCAGGUAAGACAUCCAUAUCCAAAGUUAUAAGUUUUAGUUUCAAACAAUUUACAUGGAAAUGGUUCGAUACUUCAUUAAAAAAAUCCAAUUAUUAUUGAAGUUAUUCAGUUUUGAAUUUA